CGUACAUUUUUAAGUCUAGUGUACGCAGUAACGAGUAUGGCGACUAGUUCUCGUUGAUGUAGAGUUUACCUGUUGAUAAUCGAAUCAGAUUUGGCUUAAAGGAAAUUUUUGAAUUAUCGUAGUACUAACGAGGCGAUUUGCCUCCAACAAAAUCCUAAUUUAUCACAAUAUUCUGCUCUAAUGAGGUGGCCAACAUUUUCAUACAAAACAAGUGUAAGCAAACGAUGUAUCAGUAUUUCAAGUAUACGAAAGUUAGGAAAGAAGUGUUGUCAUUGCUUUUACAUUUAGCAUAAAUUGUUGGACAAUGAUUUUCAACAUCACAAAUAGUUUGUAAAGGAUCAAAUAGUUAAGAAUUCAUCAGAGUUUUCAUUCACAUGUAACGAGAUAAAUGAAAAUGUAAUGUAAUUGUUGUGUUUACCCGCAUAAUUAGCUCUCUCUGUUUUUCCUUGAAAAAGCGUGUAUCAAAAAAUUCGUAUGAGAGAAUGGCAAUUCGCAUUACACUAGAAUGUGGACACUCAUCAAUGUUACGUAUGCGUACCACCCCUCAGGGCUAUACUCAUGAUUGGGAAUUAUUUGUGCGGGGUAUUGACAACGCUGAUAUUCACCACUAUGUUGAGAAAGUGGUUUUUCAAUUGCAUCAAACAUUCUCAAAACCAAAGAGAAUCUUAAAAGAACCACCAUUUGUGUUAAAAGAGUCUGGUUAUGCGGGUUUUGAGAUUCCAAUACAUAUUUAUUUAAAAAAUAAAGAUGAAGGUAGCAAAAAGAUAGAAAUUUUAUAUGACCUCAACUUACAAUUUAGUGGUCCUGCGAUUACAAAUGUCAUAAGACAUACUGAAAUAAUUAAUAAUCCUUCAGAUGAUUUUAGAAGGAAACUGUUGAAGGGUGGUGGUGUUCUCGUGUCUAGUUCUGAAAAUUCAGUUGAAAAAAUCGAGCCUAAAGCAUUAACUAUGGUUGGUAAACCAAAGUUGGGUGGAAGUGAGUCGAAGAAGCACAAAAAUACAGAACCAAGAACUACAAGUUCUUUUGCUGAAUUAUUCGGGACACCUCUGAAACCUACAAAAGUUUCUCAGGACACUAAGAAGUCUACACCAGUAGAUAGAUCCUCGGCUUCUAAAUCGUUAAUUACCACAGAGAAGUCUGAUAAAGUGGACAAAACAAAGCCUAAGGAUAGUCCUCAUAAAGAUACUAAAAAGGAGAAAGUAGACGAUAAAAAAGAUAAAAAGAUCAAAGAGCAACUUAAAGAUAAAAAUCGAAGUAAGGAGAAAUCAAAAAGGUCUACCAGUCCUGGAAAUAAGAGUCAUUCUAGCCCUUCUAAUAAAAGACCGCCAUCACCUCCAUCAGCUGGAAUAAAAAGAGCUUGUAGUCCGUCUCUGCCUCCUGCAAAAAGGCCAGUUUCUCCAAAAUCAAAGGAGAAGGAAAUGAAAAAAGUAACGUUUGAAAAAGAGAAAGAUAAGAGUAAAGAAAAAGACAAGGUAAAAGAUAGUUCUAAAAAUGUUGUCGAUGCUUCUAAGGGUGAAAAGAAAAAAGACAAAAAAAAGCAUAAAGAAGAUAAGGAUAAAGAACGAAAGGAUAAGUAUAAAGAAGGAGAACGGCCUCCUUCAAAGGAAUCUAUAAAAGUAGCCGAGAAGAAAAAUAAAUCAGAGAAAUCUGAGAAAGAUAAGAGUCAAGAGUACAAAUCGGUCAAAGAUGGGAGAAAGUCGCCGAAACCUCUGAAGGAGAGUGAGAAGCCAAAGGAUGAGAAAUUAUCGAAGACAGAAAGAUCUGAAAAGACCGAGAAGUCUGAGAAGGCGAAGGACAGUAAGAAUGAAAAAGACAAGCAGAAGCACAAGCAUAAAAAAAGAGAAAAAAAAGAUAAACGGGAUAGUAGCAAAGAUAGGGACAAGAAAGAAAAACGCGACAGGAUAAAGUCCUCAACAGAGAAGCAAAAUAAUGUGCCUAUUUCAGUAACGAAUUCCCUUUCAAUUCUGGAAAUGCCAGAAAGGGAUAGUAGCGAUUCAGCGCCAUCUGUAGAUGACGAUUCCUUCCCUGAGUCAAAAUUAGUGCCUAUAGUUAAAAAAGAUCAAGAGAAUUUAACGGUCUCUACACCGCCGACGGAAUUGACGAAACCACUUUCACCUGCAAUUCCUACAGACAUUAAAAAGGAUAAGGUAGACCGAAACAAAAGGGACAGAUCUAAAGGAGGUAAAGGGGAAGAAAAAGAAGUCCGUAGAAGGAAACGACGAAGUGAUAGUAAAGGCGAUGAAGAUCAUGUGGUUAAAAGAGAAAAGGAUAGAGGUCAUUCGACGUCACCUCCUUUGGAGCCCGUCUCUUCAAGUCAAUCACCAGUCGUAGUGGAUCAGGAAAUUAUUCAUAUGAAAGAUAAGGAUGAUCGUGGUGUUAUGGAACAAGUCGCCGAGAAGCGUAUCGAGGCGGAAGCGGAACAAGUGGCCCCUGAUUCAACGAAUAGUACUUUGGUUGAUUCAGACAUAGGAGAUCCGCCAGUGUUUUCUGAAGACUAUGUGUCACAAUUAAAAGAUUUGCAGCAGAAGAUAAUGACUUUGCAAGAUAAUCAAGAGUUACAGAGAGUUGUUCAGGUAAUCGCAGAAACCGGUCAAUACGAGAUCACAAAAAAGACAUUCGAUUUUGAUCUGUGUGCUUUGGAUCGUAGAACGGUACAGCGUUUACAACAAUUCUUUGCAUCGUGACCGUCUGUAGCGUAAAUCAUGACACCUUUUAUUAUAAAUUAUUAUUAUUCUAUGUAUUAAGUCAUUAAGUUAUUUGAGCUUAUAAAAGAAAGUUCUUUAUAUUAAUAUAUAUAUGUAUAUAUAUAUUAAUAUAUAUAUAUAUAUAUACACAUAUAUAAAACAAGUAAUAUACAGGACCCCAGGAGAAAUUUUGUAGAUACCAAUGACCUGUGCAAAGAGAGGAGUCUACUUUUGCCUGGGUAUACGAUUCAGAUUUUGCAUACUUUCCUCUUAAUAUGCCAACUGUGUACUUUCGAUUGCCUUAACCCGGAAAACGUGCGUAACUGAUCUAUGGAAAAAAAUGCUGAUUAUGAAUCACAGCUAGAUAUGACAUUGCUUAUAAUUCUAGUUUUUUUAUCGUUCACCGGAUCAGCUUAUUUUCUUACAUUUUUAUAUAUUUCCAGCACUUGUUAUUUUUACAUUGUUUUAUAGACAUAUAAAUAAUACAUAAUCUGUGGAAAGGAUAGAUUAAGAAUCGUAUAUUGCAUUUUUAUGUAAUAUAAAGUAUUCACUGUUUCUUUCAAAAACAUUAAAAUCUGCAAUGCAGUUUUAUUUAUGUAGAUGCAAUAUAUACACAUAUAUAUGUAUGCAUUAUAUAUACAUGUAUGUGAUGUACAUAUAAUGUUACAUAUGUCUAUUACAAACAUAUAUUUGAUUUCUUGUAUGGUAAAGAUAUAUAAAAGAUUAUGUUAACUUUAAUGAUGUUAAUGGGAAACGUUCAAGGAUUUCGUGUAUCAUAUUGCCUUCUACAUAGAUAUAUUCUUGAUAUCUUUCGAAGAAUUUAGCGUAGGUUCAUCUAUGUGAACCGAGGGUGAUUAUUAUAUUUAUUGAUAUUUUCAUAUGGGAUGUAAUUAAAGUAAGAAAUGUAUGGAAAUAUCGUUUGAUAACUUAUAUUUUAUGUUAAUGCUCGUUUAUAUAUUCCAUUAUUAUUAUUAUUAUUAGUUUACUAUUAUUAUUAUCAUCAAUGUUACUAUCAUGUAAAAUACAUUGUAGAAACGAUGAGAUUUGUUUCAACGAGUCAUCAUGGUCUCUCAAUCAGAAAUAUUUGGCACGCAGUGACAAUGCAUUCUAUGCAAUGUCAUAUUUUGUAUUCACUUCUACAGAGAAUUUUGUAAGUAUUAUUAAAGUGAAUUAGGUAUAAAUAAUAUCGAUACGUCACAUCAGAAAGAAAAACUAGAAGCAUCCUGACCAUAAACUUCGCUAUAAAUUUUUUUUCACUACGCGUCAAUGUUUUAUCUUUGUGUUAGUCUCAUGAUCCAUUGGAGUUGCAUUUAAUUCGAGUGGAAAUCGAUAUUUCGAUUUAUGAAUAGAGCAUGUGCCUGUGUCAUGUAUUUUCAUUUUAUUUAUAAUUUUUAUCAUGCAAAUUAUAUCGAUAUAUGUAUAUCGAUGUAUGUAUAGAUUACAGUUGUAUUUACCAUGUCAUUACUGAGUGGUGUUGCGUGCAAUUGAUAGCCCAAAUAGUCUAAAGUUUUUGAUAAUGUUAUCAAUAGGUAAUGAUUGUAUAUUAGAUAAAUACUGUGGUAGUUUUUAUAGUUUUUGUAGUGCAUUAUUUAUUGUAUUAGAGAAAGAAAUAUCUUGAAUAUUGAUUAAACGAGGAAAUAUAUUUCGAUUCACGUUAAUUGGCGUCAUACGUAUCGAAAUGUUUUUUUCUAUGUUCGUCUUUGCUCAGUAAUUUGAGCAUAUUUGCGUUGCCAAAACUUUAGUAACAUUAAUUGAUAUUAAGUGAUAAUAACGUUACAGAAAGGUGAUCGCGAUGAAAGAGAUUCAAGACUAAUAACAUGGUCUUUAGGCAAAUUGAACUGACCUAUCACUCAUGAAAUUACAGUAUGAUUUCUUUUUUCACUCGCUAUUUUAUGCUUUUGAGCAGUCCUAUUUAUUUUAUUGGAAUUAUACUCAUCAAAUGGUAAUCAAAGAAAUUAUUUUAGAACUGGGACAUUAUUAGAAACAACAGGAUGGCUACAUACUCUAAUGUUAUAUUCAGAUCAUCGGUAUAUCGUUUACAUUGUUAUUAAUUGAAUAAUUUUAACUGAUCAUUCGAACCAUAAAGUUUUAUAAAAUCUACCCUUUGUUAGCCGAAUAUUAAGAGUUUAAACGUCGUUUCUCUCCAUAGAAGAUAUUUUAUUCAAUCCCGUAUCAAUAAAGUUUCAAAAAGAAUAUUUGAGUAUCCUAAUGUUAAGUAAACGUCACAAGAUACAUUUGUAUUUUAUCGUUUUAUCAUUAGGACGAUAAGUAUUUCACGGAAUAAUGCGUAGUUUUAACAACGAGAAUGAUUGCGGCAGAAAGUUUAUCUUAGCGUAACUUUUGUAUCAACAUGUUCAUUGUCUUUGGUCGUUACAGUUUUUUGAUACACAUUAUAUACAAUUACAUAAUACCUGAGUUUUGGAUGUUUUUCUUGUUUUGUAGAAAUUAUUCAUGUUUUACAGAUGAGUUUGUAUAUUUUUGUUCGUUGCAUGCUUGAGUUUUAACUGAGUGUUAUGUUUCCGUGGGUGGUGUCAUACGUGUCUAAUUAAGUGUGUAUAUUUGUGAAAAUAAAGUGAUCCCGAGUACUCGCGGGCCAUUGAAAUAGUCUAAUGUUGUAUAAAGAUUAUGCACAACCACGCGAAGCAACGUUUCUAAAUAAUUACCAAAUGUAAAUAGUAGAUAAGCAAAUGUGUGUAUGAUUAAUCAUGAUUUUCGAGGAUAUAGUACAAGACAGCACUCCUGAAUUGAUAUAUCAUUCGGUGUACAUUUAUGCGUUCAUUGUACAUUUAAUAAGUACAUUGAUGACUAAUAAACAUCUUAUAUAACUGUGCCUCUAUAAAAAUAUGUCACGAUAAUUUUCAAAUUAGAAAGAAGGAAAUCCAGCAGGUCUAUUCCCAACGUAUACAUAUAAACGAGAAAUCUCUUUUUAUUUCCAUGUAGUUGAUAAUCAUUGAAUUUUUUUAUACUCACCUCUCCUUGCUGCAAGUCGACGACGAUACUUUUAAUAAAACAUUCCGUAUAGCAAGCGAGAUAUAGAAAUAGAGAAAGAGACAGAUACGGAUCCUGCUAAAGAUAGAAGUAGCUUUCCGAUUCGAAAUCUACUAAAAGUCCUUGCAAUUAGUAACGAGAUACCACAUUACAGCAGUUUAUUGGGUGUAAUAUUUCGUACAACAGUGUAACAGAGUAAAAUUCCUUACGGAUCUCCAUACAUUGACCAUCUUCGUCGCGGUAACGUCGUACAACUAGACAAAUAAUAUUUGAUUUCCGACGAUCUGUUCUCAGCCUCAGUGCUUUUUUGGCCGAUCGUGCAACGAUUGGUCGCCUUUUGGAGUCCUUGAUGCGUAACAUUGCAGUUCCAUCCCCACGCAUGACAUUGUAAUUAUAGUAGGAAGCACAAAAGAUCGAAAUAACUUAGUAUCC